AUGAAACAAAAGCGGAUUGUGAUUGAGAUGUACUCUAAAGGCAUUGAAGAGUUAGAAGAAGGCAUUGGUAUUGAUUUGUCGGGAGUGGAGGGCGAAGAGGGGCAGAGGGCCCGCAAAUUGCAGCACAAAAUGCAAAACAACUUAAUUAUGGUUCGCGAGAGGAGAGAGCGUUUAGAUUGCAUGAACAAAAUAUACGGCCAGAGCUCUCAUUUGCCAUUUUAUAAGGAAGGAGAUGAUCAACAGUGCUCUCCAAAGCCAUUAUCUCAAAGCCGAUCCAUUAAUAGCCCAAAGACUUAUAAGAAUCCUUCCACUCAUCUUAAGAUUUCUUCGAUUCGCAACACAAAUGAGAGAAAACCACUUUCGAGUCAAAAGAAUGGCUUAAAAACAACAAAACCUCGAAAUAGUCCGUCGACUAAAUUACCCAAUAUUUUAAACAAUCUGCAUAUUUCUCCAACUGCUGCCAAAUUGUCAUCAAAUUCUGGAUCAAACAAUUCAACGCCUAAUUGUAGAUCUCGGCCGAACUCAAUACCUAAUUCCGCUGUAAAGCCAUCUCCGACUGCAUUGAAUUCAAACACAGUUUUGCCUAAACUUUCCGCUAAUUUUAAAGGAGUUGACAAAAAGUUGGCGCAAAAUAUUUUAGAUGAAAUAUAUGACGGAAAUUGUGGUCAAAUCAGUUUUGAAACGAUUGCCGGUCAAGAGGUGGCAAAACAGGCUCUCAAUGAAAUGGUUAUAUUGCCGACUAUAAGGCCCGAACUUUUCACUGGUUUGCGAACUCCGCCCAAAGGGUUACUACUCUUUGGGCCGCCGGGAAAUGGCAAAACACUUCUCGCUAAAGCAGUGGCCACUGAAUCUAACGCAAAGUUUUUGAGUAUUUCUGCUUCGAGUUUGACCUCCAAAUGGUUAGGAGAGGGCGAGAAAUUGGUGAGAGCUCUGUUCGCUGUGGCCCGAGAACUCCAACCAACCAUUAUUUUUAUCGACGAAGUCGACUCACUUUUGAGCGAACGGCGAGAGAAUGAACACGAGGCCAGUCGUCGGCUUAAGACUGAAUUCUUCAUACAAUUUGAUGGAAUCCACUCAACCAAUGAGGACAGGAUUCUUGUUAUGGCCGCCACUAAUAGACCACAAGAACUCGAUGACGCAGCCCUCAGGAGAUUUUCGAAAAGGAUUUACAUAUCAUUACCCGAUUGCGAGACGCGAAUCAUUCUGUUAGAGAAAUUAAUGAGUAAACAAAACAAUCCAUUGUCUCGACGAGAACUGCAACAAUUGGCCGCUGAGACCGAGGGUUACAGCGGCAGUGAUCUGACCAAUUUGGCCAAAGACGCCGCUUUGGGACCCAUUCGGGAGAUGGCCAUCGAUCAGGUGAAGCACUGCAACCCUAACAAAAUGCGUGCCAUUAAUGUCGACGACUUCAAGCAGUCGUUGAAACGGAUCCGAAAGAGUGUGGCCGACAGUGCACUACAACAGUACCACAUUUGGAACCAACAAUUCGGUGACAUUUCGCUGUGAUUUAAUUUUAAUGUCAAUUUUUUAGAGUAUUUUUCAGUUAUCGUUAUUAAAUGGAAAUACAAUUUGUUUUAUUUGCUGUUAAACACACAUUGAAUUCAUAUAACAAAAUAAAUUGUUUUCAAUUCUUUAUUUUAAAAUAUAAAA